AUGUCCAACUCAGUUUCUCAAGAAGUUACUGAAGCUCCAUGCCAAUUUCUCACAAUUCAUUACAAUCCAGCUGCUCAUCCCAGGCAAAUUUCUUUACUAGAUACCAAUGGUCAACAAAUUCUAUAUACAUUAAUACCAUCAAAUCAAGACAGUUCAGUACAAGCUGUUCCGCAGCAGCAGUCAAAUAAUAUUCCUAUGAUACCAAAUGCAACGAAAAUUUCAUCCAACGCGAAUGUGUGUUGUAUUUGUGGUAGUCAUGCUGUUGCUAAAUGUACUUAUGGAAUAAGUCGUGGAACACCUUGUGCUCGUUUAUUAUGUUUGUCGCAUAUAUGUGAAUUACCGGGUGCGAAUGGUGGAAGAUAUCCACAUUGUCCAGAACAUUAUCAAUAUAUUCAACAAAAUAAAUGUAAUGUUAUGUAA